AUGCAAGCAAGCAGAGCAGAGCACGCAAAGCAUGCAGCUACAACGUUAGGCUACCAAAGAAAACUUGUUCAUGUCCUUGGUUGGCCGGUUCUACCCAGGCUCGUCGCAUCAAUAUGCCGAGGCGUGCCGCUAAGCGCGGCCGCCGUGCUAGGGGCUGUUGGAACUGUUGAACAGAGAGUUCAGCUCAACAGGGGGGUUGGGCAGCCGGCGGCGGGGGGAAACGCGGCGGUGGGGAAUGGGCGAGGGGGGAAGGGGGGGGAGUGGGAAGAGCUACGCUACGUAUUAAGCGAGGCGGUUGGUACGGGUAAAGGGCAAGACAUACAUACAUGUGUAAGCGAUAGAAAAAAAAGGCCUUUUUUCUUUGACUACCGGACUGGUUCAAAGGGGCCCAAGCGAGCGGUACCAUGGAUUCAAGGGCCUGGUAGUGGCGAUAAUACAAAUAGGGAAAUUGGAAAACUUGGUGACCAACAGCAGUGCAGCGAUCAUGGGGCCACUCGGCUUUGUCUACGCCAUUCUUUGGACAUCUCAGGCGGCUGGCAAGGCAAUCGAGGGACUUGUUCCGAGGGUCAGGUGGCCAUCGGCGGUACCGAUCGGAAAGUAGUUUCUGGGUCAGGGUCAGCUGUAGCAUGUACGUCCAAUGGGGGGAGCGCAAAGGUGUGUGGUAUGCAGCAAACAGGGACAGUUUUGACAGGAAACGUCGCAGUGAAGAUCUCGUCCGGUGAGGAUUCUUUGCCUGCAUCUCGUGUGGCCAAAUUGCGUUUUCGUAGGGUAAAGGAUGCAGAUAUUGGCGGUGUUAGACGAAUGGAAUGCAGUCGAUUUGCGACCAAGGAAAUUUUCUGCAUUUGUCCUCGGCAGCCUGAGCAGCAAGACAGCGCAUCUACCGUAGCACAUGGCAUCAGUCUUGUACAGGGAUUUGGUUGUCUCAUGUCGUCGUGUGUCGUGUAUCGUGUAUCGUGUGAGCGUGCCGUCAUGAUGCCGCGGCAGAAUCGGCGCAGAGCAGAAGUAUCAGCAGGAAGAGACGUAGAGGUUGCAGAACAGGGAGCACCAAAGGAAUGGGUAUUGGUCUUAGAGAUACACAUGGUGCGCACUGCCGCCUGUGUUCCUGCACGUGACCGUCAUGUCCAAGGAAAUGAUGACGCCGGUAUGCGCAAAGCCGCUUUCAAAUUGAUAGCUCCCCGUUCCGAAAGCCUUCCUGCGUCAUAUGCAGGCCUCGAUCACAGUCACACCACGCCCUGGCUCCCAUCAUCCCACGAAAACCCACUGUCCGACAGGCACAUGAUCAUUUGUACAGGCGCUGCAGGCGUGCUAUCAGAUGCUGUGUGA